AAACUUAAGUUUUACUCAUCCUUGAGUAAAAUAAAAAAAAAAAACCAAAAAGAAAAUAAAACCUAACUCACUUUCGGAGAAAUCACGAUUGCACUUAACAUGUGCAAGAAGCCUUUAAAUCUCUAGAUCCAUGCUCCAUAUCCAACCUCCAUCGCCUCUAGGCCACCACACCACCCAGAGGAGGACCUUAUCUAUUUACAAAUUUGUGAUCCAAUCCAGUCUUUACAGCAUCACCGUCCCCACUGCCAGAGAAGUGGUGAGAAAGGUUUUUCGAAACUUGCCCAAGAAUUGGGAAGCCAAGAAGACAGCAAUUGAAGAGUCUAAGCAUCUCAACACUGUCAAGCUUGAAGAUCUCAUUGGAAAAUUGAUGACAUAUAAGAUAGAAGUUCAAGUUGAUGGUGGAUUGAACAAUGAGGAGGACAUCACCAAAUUGGUUUCAAAGGAAGUGAAGAAAUACAUGAAGAAGAGCCUCAAAGGGACAUCUUCUAGAAGAAAUAAGGAAAUUCACUAUUCUAGAGGAAGAAUAUGUAGUGAUGAUGAUGAUAGAGGAAAGCCAAGUAAGAAGCAUAUCAGAUGCUAUGAGUGCAACAAGAUGGGGCACUAUAGAAAUGAAUGCCCUCAAUUGAAGAAAGGUGAAAGGAAAAACAAGAAGAGCAUGAAGAAGAAAGCUUUUACCACCGCUUGGAGCAAUGAUGAGACUAGCUCAACGGAAAGUGAAAGUUCCUUGGACAAUGGUGUUGCAAAUCUUUGCUUCAUGGCUCAAGAGGAUAGCAACAAUGAUGAGGAGGUAAACUCUAAUUUCUCUAGUUCAAUUAAUGAAAGUUCAUUUGAGUAUUCUUAUGAUAAUUUAUGCAAAGUUCUUGAUUGCUCUAUGAAUGAUAUCAAGAAACUAGGGAAUAAGAAUCUUGCUUCUACUAAAACUAUUUCAUUGCUUAAAAAUGAAAUUGAAUCUCUUUCAAAACAAAAUGAGGUUUUAGUUAAAGAAAAUGCCUCUUUAAAUGGUGAGAUUGCAUCUUUAAAGAAUGAGGAAUCUAAUAAUAUGUUGAAAAAGGAAAAUGAGGAUUUAAAGAAGGAAAAUGAGGAUUUAUAGAGAAAAGUUUGUGAUUUUGAAAAUGUAAUUUCCAAAUUUACCUUAAGUAAAGAAAAAAUUUGAUUCUAU